AUGUUUCGGUAUAAGAGGGAAAUACCUUUGGGAGACUCUAGACGCAAUUUUUACCUUUUCUUUUCUUUUCUCUUGCUACUAAAACUUUCAACGGGUUAUCUCUUGCCUACUCAUGGAUUCAGCAGCCGUUCAGAAGCAGCAGCAGCAGCAUAUGAUCAUUCUAAGAAGUCUAUAGCCUGGUUGCCUGUGGGUAACCAAUGGCGAAAUCUUCGUAAACUUUGUAAAGAACAAAUGUUUUCGUUGCAUAGACUUGAUGCAAGCAAGGGUCUUCGUCGAGAAAAAAUGAAGAAAUUGUACAACUAUGUGCAUGAUUGUUGCAUUAGUGAUCAGGAAGUUGAUAUUGGUGAUGCUGCAUUUGUCACAUCGCUUAAUCUCAUCUCAGCCACUCUUUUUUCAACUGAUUUUGUUCAAUUUAAUACCGAUUCUUCUCAAGAAACGAAAGAAAUUAUACGGGGUUUGUUUGAAACUGCAGCAAUUCCAAAUCUUGCAGACUUCUUCCCGAUUCUUAAAUUCAUUGAUCCACAGGGUAUUAUGCGCAAAUCCAAGAGUUACAUGAGCAAAGUAUUUGUGAUAUUUGAUGAUUUGAUCGAUCAACGGUUGAAAUCAAGAAGUGAGUCGCCGGAUCAUCGAGUGAGAAACGAUUUACUAGAAACCAUCUUGAAUCAUAGCCAAGCAAGCGAAUUCGAAUUAACCUUGGAUGUUCUAAAGCAUUUACUUCUGGAUUUAUUCCUUGCAGGAACAGACACUACUUCUAGCACCGUGGAAUGGGCAAUGACUGAAUUAAUACGCAAUGCUGAGAAAAUGUCGAAAGCUAGAAACGAGCUCUGGACUGGAAAUAGUGAUAUCGAUCAAUUGGGAAAGAUCUUUGCGGUUUUUGGGACCCCAAAGUCAUCUCAAUGGCAAGAUAUGAUCUACCUUCCCGAUUAUGUGGAAUACCAAUACGUUCCUAGUCAAUCGCUACGUACAUUAUUUCCCAUGGCAAGUGAUGAUGCUUUGGACCUCUUAUCAAAGAUGUUCACUUACGAUCCGAAGGCUAGAAUUUCAGCGCAACAGGCGUUGGAGCACCGGUACUUUUCUUCUGUACCUCCACCUACAAAACCCGCUUCGCUACCUAGACCUCCACCAAAAAAGGAGUCAGCUAGUUUUAAGGUUUUGGAUUUUAAUUCACAGGUUGGUCCAACGGUAUUGUCUCCUCCAAGAAAGUCAAGGAGAUUGAUGCCGCAACGUGAGGGAUUUGAGGUGAAUGCUCACCAGCUUGACAAGAUUGAUGAACAUGGGAACGAGAAUAGACAGGCAACUGGAGAGAGGAGUGAACAUGUGCCAAUGUCACUUGAUUUCUCUGUUUUUGGGAUGAAGCCACCUACUGGACCAACAACGAACAGGUAA